AUGGCCAUUUCCUGCACUUCCCCAGCACCUGAUACUGGCUCGGACGUGUUUUUGGCCGCGUCACGUGACGCGGAGCUCCCUGUCACACCGGGUCACGUCACCAUUGCUUCCUCAGCACCUGAUGCUGGCUCGGGCGCAUUAUCAUGUGACACUCCGGUCAUGCUGGGUCAUGUCACGAGGCAGGAGCCCAGACCUACUGUCGACUGGAAUGCCAGGCUUCUGCAGGGCUUUGAUGCAAGUUUUGCUGCCCGCCUGCAGCAACGUCAUCGCCAGCCUGUCAACAUGCUGGCCCCACCUCCCACCUCCACAACUCCUUCAGUACCCCCUCCUUCUGAGUUGUCGGCACCUGCUGUGACUGACUGUUGGCAAAGGACAUCAUGUGGUGGCGAAGAGCAACAUGAGCAAGACCUCAAGAAUGAUGAUAGGAUGUGGAUACCUUCUGCUCUCAGUUGGAGGAGGCACUGGUGGGAGGAUGGGAGGAUGGGAAAGAGAGAUGGAGAUGGGAGAGGGAGAGAUGGAGACGGGAGAGGGAGAGGGAGAGGGAGGGAGAGGGAGACGGGAGACGGGAGGGAGACGGGAGACGGGAGACGGGAGACGGAGACGGAGCGGGAGACGGGAGAGGGAGACGGAGAGACGGGAGACGGGAGACGGGAGACGGGAGAUGGGAGACAGGAGACAGGAGACAGGAGACAGGAGACAGGAGAUGGGACACGGGACACGGGACACGGGACAGGGACACGGGACAUGGGACAGGGACAAGAUAAUUGGGAGGAAGUUGAAAUUCCCCUCCUGGGUGAUUUUCGCUUUUGCUGUUUUUGGACCGCAUUUUGGACCGUUUGGACCGCAUUUGGACCUCCCUUGGACCCCUGGACCCUCCUGGACCCUCCUGGACCCUUUGGACCCCUGGACCCUUUUGGAGAGCAGAACUGGGGAAAUUGGGUAUACAAGACGAACGUGCGAGGAGUCUUGCAGGCGUCUUUUGCAGUUGUCAAAGACUGUCCUGUGACAUCUCCGUGUCAAGUCCUACCUCCAUGGCUGCCUGUUUUUACGGGUGUUGCCGGUUGCUAUCGCUUUUGCUGGGACCUCUGA